AUGAAUGGCAUUAUCUCAAAUGUUCCAGCACUUCCUGACGUUUCUAAGCAAGACACACAUGCCGAUGUUAAGGCACUCUGCACUAGCUUUGCCACAGGCGCUACCAAGGACGUGGAGACACGUAAGUCUCUCCUUAAAGCAUUGCAGCGUCUUGUGAACGAGAACGAGGCAACUAUCAAUGAGGCCGUGUGGAAGGACUUGCACAAGCAUCCAUUGGAACUAUUAGCUACGGAAUUAUCGCUAGUAAAGUUCGAGAUCCAGAAUUACCUCGACUACAUGGACGACUGGGCAAAACCUACUCUCAAACCCACAAACAUCCUAAAUCUCCCAGGAUUGUCCUAUGUUAGACCCGAACCUUUGGGUGUUGUGUGCGUCAUAAGUACAUGGAACUAUCCGAUCAACCUGUUGCUGAUGCCAUUGGUGGCAGCUGUAGGAGCGGGUAACUGUGUGCUCGUGAGACUGCCAGGAGAUGACACCACACGGUAUUUGAAUAAUGUGUUGGUUCGAUUAUUUGAUGAAUACAUGGAUAAACGCUACGUGCGCGUGGUAUAUGGAGGAGUGGAGGAGACCAGGAAAAUGCUGCAAGAACGUUUUGACCUUGUCUUUGCCACGGGCGGCAAAUUCUUGGGCAAUAUUGUGGCUCAGGCUGCGGCACAGCACUUGACACCAACGGUGUUGGAGUUGGGAGGUAAAUCACCAUGUAUUGUUGACGACACAGCUGAUUUAAAUCUAUCUGCAAAGCGCAUUGCAUGGGGUGCUUUUAUUAAUGCUGGACAAACCUGUGUUCGUCCGGACUAUGUGCUUGUGGACAUAAAAGUGGGAGAUCGGUUUGUUGACUUGCUUAUAAAGGAAAUAGCACUGCAGUACGGCGAUACUAACGUGAAGGAGUCAGCUAGCUAUGGCCGUGUGAUUAAUAAACGCAUGUACGACCGCUUGGCGUGCAUUUUGGAUAAAGACCGCAAAUCUGUGACAUAUGGUGGUGAGACCGACGACAAACAGCGCUUUAUUUCACCUACGCUCUUGAAUUUCCGCACAGAACAUAGCUUGUUCGUGUCGAGCGCUUCGAUGAGUGAGGAAAUCUUUGGUCCGCUCUUGCCGAUCUAUUACUACGGCGAUGGUAAUUUGGAUGAGCCGAUUAGCUUUGUCGCUGCGCGAGAAAAGCCACUUGCACUGUACUACUUUAGCUCGGAUGGCAAGAACAAGGAGCGCCUAGUGAAUGAGACGUCGGCCGGCAGCAUGGUUAUCAAUGAUGUUAUGAUGCAAUUGACGAAUUUGAACGUGCCUUUUGGAGGUGUGGGUAAAUCUGGUAUGGGAGCUUACCAUGGUUACUAUGGUUUUAUAACCUUUUCGCAUAACAAGACGGUAUUAUACAAGAAUGGUAUAUUAGACCUUCCGCAGCGCUACCCUCCAUACACGCUGACCAAGAAGCGCAUUUUGGACCUUAUUACAUACCCAUUUACCCGCUUCCACAUGCGGCUGCUCACGUCGCUUGGCUUCGCUGCAAUACUUGCAAUCAUAGCGGUACUUAUCACGUAUUCUGUCUAA